UUUAAUUUGUGUGUUUUUACAGCAUGAUUUUAAAACCUGAGAAUACCAAAGCGUCCUUCAGGCAUGCGAGACAUUGAGUUACGAAAUUUAAUAAAAGAAACACGUAAAUCAAAAAAGAAAUUGUACACUUAAUAUUCAGUUUGUGUUUAUACUGCAUGAUUUUGAAACCUCACAAUACCAAAGCGUCCUUCAGGCAUACGAGGUACUUAUGAAUAUGAAAUUUAAUAAGGGAGAUACGUAAAUUAAACACGGACAUGAAAAAGACAGAAAAUACAUAUAAACAUGAAAUCUGUUAAUACUAAUACGUCCUUGAAGCAUACGAGAUAUUUACGAGUAUGAGGUUUAAUAAAGAAGAUACAUAAAUUUAAAUAAAGGACUUGAAAUAGACAGAAAAUGCAUAUAAAAACACCGAUCAGAAAGCAAACAGAGAGACAGACAGACACAAUUGAGAGCUAGAAUGACUGAACGUGCAUAUGCGAGUGUGUGUGUGUGUGCGUGUGUGUGUGUGUGUGUGUGUGUGUGUGUGUGUGUGUGUGUGUGUGUGAGAGAGAGAGAGAGAGAGAGGGACAGAGUGGAAAACAGGCCAGUCGGGUCUGAGAGAGUGAAGUGAGAGGGAGGGAGGGAGUCUCAGUUGGGCGGGAGUGAGUGAGAGAGAGAGAGAGAGAGAGAGAGAGAGAGAGAGAGAGAGAGAGAGAGAGAGAGAGAGAGAGAGAUAACAAAUAUACCAACACACAAACAAAACAGUAUACAGAAUCGUGACUUAGUACUUUGUCCGUUUGCUUCAUUAACUGAUUUUUCCUUUUAACUUCAAUAUCAUAAUUCUGUUCUUAUUUUCUUAUUUAUUGUGAUUCUGUGUUGUGAUUUAAUUCAGUAUUUCCUUCUGCUUUUUUUUAUUAUUUUUAAAGAAUGAUUUUUUUCUGAUUUUAGUUGCAUAUUUUUCCAUGUUUCAUUUUCUCACUUUCUUUUGGCUGUUUUAUUAUUUUAUUUCCUCUCUCUCUCUCUCUCUCUCUCUCUCUCUCUCUCUCUCUCUCUCUCUCUCUUGCGGCUUCUCCCCUCGUCUGUUUUUUUUCUCUCACUUUUUUCCGCUCUUUUUCCCUUUGUUUAUUAUUCUUCCUCUUCGUUUCUCUAUUCACUCGCACGAUUUAUAUACUCCCAUUCUUUUUCUGUGUCCAUUCCGGAGUGAUUUGAGGCCUAUAGUCUUUCUCUUUCUCUUUUUUUUUCUCUGCAUUCUCAUUUUUUUCUGUUUUUUAUCUUUUUUUCUGACUUUUUUUAUGUUCUCCUUUUUCUCUGUUUUUCGUUCCCUUCCUCUUCGUUUUCUCUUUUUUUCAUAUUAUUUCCUAUUUUCUUCUACAUCAACAACGUCCUUUAAUGUUUCACGUCCUUCUUCUUCUUCCUCCUCUCUUCUCUCCCUCCAUCUUCGUCCCUUUCUCCCUUCCCACACUUUCUUAGGGCUAUUCAUUCUCUUUCUCUUCCUUUUCUCCCUUUUUUUCAUUAUAUUUAUCAUUUUCUUCUAUAUCGACAACAUUCUUUAAUCUCCCACGCUCUUCUUCCUCUCUCUUCUCUCCCUCCCUCUUCGUUCCUUCCUCUCUUCCCACACUCUCUUGUUUAUAAACUUUUACUCUUCCCUCUCCUCAACCCUUGCUCUUCCCGCCCUUCCAUUCUUUUUUUUUUUUUUUACUAUAUCACUUACUUCAUUUUUUUUAUUUGCUUCCCUGAAUGUCUUAAUAUUCUUUGGUUUUCUUUAUUUUUGCUCUUAUUAAUCCUUCCAUAACCUGAUAAUUGUCUUUCCCUUUUCAUAUAACUAAUUUUUCUACUCCUCCUCUUUCUCCGCCAAUCAUUUUCUUUAUCUAUCUUAUUCCUAUGCAUCCUACUUGACUUUCAUUGGUUUUAUUUAUUUUCCUUUGCUAAUUUCUUCCACAAACUUAAUUUUCGUUCUCUUUCCCUAUAACUCCUCUUUCUACUCCUCCAGUCACUUAAUUUAUCAUUUAUCCUAUCAAAUAUCUUGACUUUCGAUGGCUCUAUUCGUUCCUCUCUCUAUUAGUUCUUGCACAACCUCACCAUAUCCUUUCUCAUUUCCAAUAAGUCCUUCUCCUCUUCCUAAAACUUCUCCUCCUCCUAAUCUUCUUAAUAACAACAUACAAGAACAAAACACAUUCAACACUACCAACAACGCAAGGGAUCUUCAUAUCAGCAGAAACCCCAAUCACAAAAUCUUCACCAGUCCCUCUUGAUCUUCCUUACGUUCACCUGCACCCUCUCUCCUUAGGGCACACCACCUCACCUCUCAAACAUACGACACCUUAGUAACAGCGAAGUAAGCGUGUGAGCAGCAUGCAAAUAGUGGAUAAGGACAGGUAAUACAAGUAACUGGAUGCGUGUGUGUGCGUGUGUGUUGAGCAGGUAUAAUUAGGUGGCUGGCUACUAAUCGAUUUCUCUCUCGUUAAAAGGAGCAAGGUCGUAAAUCAAGCAGUUUCGUCUCAUCAUAGUCAUUUGAGCAAGGCGCAAGAGGUCUUAGAAGUCCUACAGGAUGGCGGGGAGAUUAGGAUCCUACGACGUGAUGAGCCCCUUGAAUCCUACAGAGGAGCAAACCAACAUAUCCUCAAAUCCUACAAGAGAAGAAGGAGACACGGAGGAGAAGGAGCACCAGGCGAAGGAGGUGGCGAAGGAUGCAAAGGAUACUGACCAGAAGGAUUCCUCAUCUGAGUCCUCAUCCGUCAGGCUCAAAAAGGAACUCGGCUUCAUGGAGGGCGUAGGAGUGAUCAUAGGAUGCGUUAUAGGAUCAGGCAUCUUCGUGUCACCCAAGGGAGUCCUGCAGUACAGUGGGUCUGUGGGCAUGUCCUUGAUGGUGUGGGCGGCUUCGGGGGUCCUGUCCAUGCUCGGCGCCCUCUCCUUCACCGAGCUAGGUACAAUGAUCCCGGAGAGUGGCGGCAUGUACAGCUAUAUCCACCGUGCAUUCGGCCCUGUUCCUGCCUUCCUGUACAUGUGGGUCACUAAUCUAACCAGAAGUUCAGCAGGGACGGCCGUCAUCGCCAUAACCUUCGCCCAGUACCUCCUGCAGCUGGUCAUCCCGAACUGCGAGGAUGUCCCCGUGUUGGCUGCAAGAGUCCUGGCUGCCGCUUUGAUCUGCUUCCUAACAUGGGUCAACUGCGUGAACGUGCGAUGGGUCACCAAGAUGCAAAACGUCUUCACCGUCACCAAGGUCGGGGCGCUGCUGGUCAUCAUCCUAGCGGGCCUUUGGGAGUUGGCACAGGGGCACGUGGGCCACUACGCCUCCCCUUGGACCGGCACUCGAUGGGAAAUGGCAGCAAUAGCAACAGCCUUCUACCAGAGUCUCUUCUCCUAUACGGGAUGGGACUAUCUGAACCUGGUGACGGAGGAGCUCAAGAACCCGAACAGAAACCUCCCCCUGGCCGUCAUAGUGUCCACGACGAUGGUGACGGUGGUGUACACGCUGGCCAACGUUGCUUACUUCGCUGUGCUCACCCCCGCGGAGAUGCUGUCCUCGGAGGCGGUGGUGAUGACAUUCGGGGCUCGCGUGUUGGGCAUCCUAGCGUUCAGCAUGCCCGUGUUCGUGAUGCUCUCCACCUUCGGCAGCACCCACGCCUCGGUCUUCACGCAGAGUCGCCUCAUCUUCGUGGGCGCCCGCCGAGGUCACUUCCCCGGCGCCCUGGGUCUGGUCAGCACCACGAACUAUACUCCCGUCCCUGCCGUCAUCUUCAGUGGGCUAACGAUCCUGGCCAUGCUGCUGGUGCCUGACGUGUCCCAUCUCAUCAACUACACGGCCUUCAGUGCCACCGCCAUGCAGUUCGCCUGUGUCCUGGCACUCUUCUGGUUCCGUUACAAGCACCCGGAGUGGCCGAGGCCAUUCAAGGUAUGGCUCGCAGUUCCUCUCCUCUUCGCCGGCGUCCAGAUCUUCCUCCUCACGGUUCCCCUCGUCUUAGCGCCGCUCGAGGUCGCCGGUGCCGUGGGGGUCAUCCUGGCAGGUCUCCCCGUCUACUACAUCGCCAUCUACCGUCAAGACCUCGCCAGAUUGUUCUCGAGCAGCCUGGACAACCUGACGCUGCUCUGCCAGAAGCUGUUCCUCUGUGUCCCCGAAGAAAAGGCAGAGUAACGGGUUCACAGAGGCGGUGAACUGAAGCUACCUAACGGGACAGUGAGAAGCGAGUGCUGUCAAACUAUACAUAGGUUCAGAGAGCAAGUCAAGUGGGUUUGUAUGAUGAAGAAUGGCGUAGAUUUAAUUUUCACUGUUCUCUUCUUACAUUCAAUUUCCUCUCCUCUCUUCUCCUAUACUCUCCAUUCCUCUCCUCCCUUUUCUUACUCUCCCAUCCAUCUCUUACUCUUAUUUCCUUUCUCUCUUCUCUUCACCUCUUCUUUUUUUUCUCUUUUUAUUUAUUUUAUUUAAUUUUUCCUUUUCUUCUUAUCAUCGUCUCCAUCCUCCUCCUCCUGCUUUUUUUUCUUUUCUUUUUCUUGUUUUUUUCUUUCUUUUCUUCUUUUCUAUAAUCUUUCUCCUCCUCCUCCUCCUUCUCCUCCUCUUCAUUUCACAAUACCCCAAUAAACUCCCAUUUAGCCAAGCCAAUCAUGCAUGUAAACUCCUAAUAUUUGUCCUUCAUUCUCCUCCUCCUCCUCCUCCUCCUUUGCCUCUUCCUGUGCCUCAUCUUCUCUUAAACUUUCUCCUCCUCUACCUCUCCCUCAUUCGUUCUUUCGCCUUUUCUUAUUAUCUUCGUCUCUUAUUCCUAUCCCUUUUCUUUUCUUAAACCUUCUCUUCCUCCUCCUCCACCUCCUUCUCCUCCUCGUCCUUUCCUCAUCUUCUCAAACUCUUUCCUUUCUUCUCCUUUUCCUUUCUUUUUUUGUUUCAUUCCUCCUUCCAUCAUUUCUUCACAUCUCUUCUCUUCUUCCUUUGCCUCUUUUGCCUCCUCCUCCUCUCCCUCUUUCUCUAAUCCUCCCAAGCUGACCUCCUUCUUCCUCUCUUCUCGCCCAGCCAAUUAAAAAACAAUAUCCCGUUAUCUGCAAAUAAACUCCCGGAAGCCUCUCUCAGCGCCGACCAAUCAGAAAGCAUAUUCCUCCCGGCUCGGCCAAUCAAAUUACACCUCUUCAUGUGAUCCGAAUUUCGUCGCCCAAUCACAGCCAAGAGUUCCGAAGCCUUAAUCAAUGAGAAAUAGCCUUUUGCUCGACACGGUUCUCAGUAUUAUUAUUGCUAUUUAAAUUAUGUAUUAAAUCACGUAGAAUAAAUUAUAGAAGAAACGA